AUGCAUCUGAUUACCAUGAGCAGUAGCCAGGAAUUCGUCGGAAUACGUCCGUUGCCAGCGGGUCUUCAGCGUAAAGCUAUUGAUGAGCUGAACGAGGUGCCCGAUCGUGUCUCCUCAGAUAUUGCUGCUCUGCGCCACUGGCUGCUGAAGCAGCCACAUCUCUGCUCCUGCCUCACGGAUCAGUUCCUGGUAGGAUUUCUGCGUGGCAGCAAAUUCAGCUUGGAAAAGGCCAAGCAUAAGAUCGAUCGCUACUACACGCUACAGGCUAGCAUACCUGAGGUUUUCAAUGAGCAUCGUUUGGCCGACGAUGCUCAGGUGCUGGAAAUCAUUCGAAUGGGUGUUAUUCUAAGGAUACCCUUGGAUGAGGGCGACACGGGUCCGGCUGUGACCAUUAUACGUGCUGCCUCUUAUGACACGCAGAAGUUCAAGUUCCAGGAUAUCAUUCGAGUGGGUUCCAUGUUUGGGGAGAUCAUGAUGCUGGAAGACGACAAUGCGAACGUCAGUGGCUACAUCGAAAUCAUGGACAUGACCGGAGUAACCGCUGCCAAUCUGUUUGCACUGCAGCCGCAGCUGCUUAGCAAAUUCUCAGCCUUUGCGGAUGAGGCCAUGCCCACGCGCCAGAAGGGUAUACAUUUCAUAAAUGUGCCGGCGUCGCUUGAAACCGGCUUUAAUUCACUUCGCUCCUUCUUUCCUGCGAAGAUUAAAAACCGAGUCUCUGUCAGCUCCAGUCCGGAGGCCAUCUUCGAGCAUGUUAAACGUGAUUAUUUGCCCAAGGAAUACGGAGGCGACAGGGGCACUAUGCAGGACAUCAUAGAGCAAAUGGAGUCCAAGAUGUUGAGCUAUCGUGAAUACUUCGAGCAAUCGCAUCUCUUUGGCACCAACGAGAAGUUAAGGGACGACAACGCCGCCAACAUAAACUGCCAGAGUUACUUCGGUCUGGACGGCUCAUUUCGCAUGCUAGAUAUCGACUGAUGAGCUCUAAAUUUUAUACUCUGUAAAUA